AUGAUUGUACGUCUCAAGAAUGCAACUGUUGUUUCCAUGACAAUCAUCCAAUGUUUGGUUUGGAUCAAAGAAAAGUUGGAGAUUAAACAAGUGGGAUUUACUAAAACUGAAAGGCGAUCUGGAUACGAUCACUUGUGUCAAUGGCUAGAUUCUCUUCAAUUUGCUGACAACGAUGAGGAUUCUGAAAACAAGAAUACGCAUAAUAAUUUGACCCACCGUGGUGCUCGAGAUACUUAUUGCCAGCCAAAUUCAAAUUGCAGCUCUGAUAAAGAUGAUGCCGUUUGGCUUAGACUAAUUGAAUCAUACUGUCGUUUUUCUGAAACUGAGCAAGGCCUUGCCAUCUCAAAGACAAAAACAAGCUUUGGUUCCAAGACAGUCCGCACCACAAUUGGUUCAGCUCCGACUAUUCAAAUGAUUGGGGAAACAUUUUCCAAAAUAUGCGAUGUGUAUGCAAGAAUCUAUCCUUUUGUAGCUGUCCAGUCUACAUUUGUUAUGGAUCACGUUUUGCAUACAUUAAAAUGCGCAUCUGGUCAAUAUGCAGAGGAAAAUGCAUACUCUGCAGCAGUUAUCAAACUACUAUACCCAUUAAGAUUCUCAUAUGCGCUGGGCCUACGACACUUGCUUCGCGCACGCUUGAUUCGAAGCCAUCUCACAGCAGAUAUAUGGGAUCACUUGUUUAUUCUCAUUACUGAUAUUUUAGCUCCACAAGAAAAUGACAUGAACGAUGAGUCCACGUCAGAAAUUACAGAUACACACUUUUCCAAUAGUUAUAUCACCAAUUCGACCAGCUCUCAAAAUGAUCGCCGUCCAGAUAGUGCUGAACUAGCUGAAAGUCUUACUUUUUUAGUGUCGGGCUAUCACCUUUCGCAUAUUUUUUCUCGUGCUGGAGAUAUUUUACGCACUGCAACAAGAUACCUGCAAAUGUAUCGUGGUGAAAGUAAUAUGGCAUCGUGCAUGCUGGGCUGUAUUUUAUUUGUCAUAUCCCAUAUUGCCGUGGAUCAUUUGGAUGGAUCGCUUGAUAUACUAGACACUACCAUGCCUUUUAUGCUAGAUAUGUGGGAGUGUAGGUCAGUAUCAUUGAAAGCUCAUAUUCUCAAUAUAGCUAGAAUGUUUCUGAUACUCAACAAGGCAAGAGAUAAUCAUGAGCCAUUUACUUUGGGCUGUGUCAACCGAAUAGCCACACUUAUCAUUUCAUCGUGGUCUUUAAGAAUGUCUACAUCCGCAUUUGAUCUCGUGUUUGACAGCAUCUUGACUGAUACCUAUUUUUCAGUAAAACAUGCAUUAUCAAGCCAUCGUAUGGUCGAUCGAUCAGCACAAACUGAAAUAAUUUUGCUAGAAACAGAUCUUGCCUCGUUGCUGUUAUGCUGGCAAUUGGAACAUAUGUAUACUACUUCUGAAACAAAUGAAUUUCGGCUAAAAGACGAGCAAACGCUACUACUCAAGGACAGAGCUAAUGAUUCUGCAUGCGAUUCUCCACGAAAACGAUUUUGCAAAUCAGCCCAGACACUUGUUACUGAGUUGACUGCAUUGAUUCAAAAUGCGAUUCAUACAAAAACCAAGGCACUUUAUAUUCAUCUGUUGGCCAUCUCUGCCUCGCGUAGAUGGGAUUUAUGCAAAGACUAUGUCCAUAAGCAUCUCAAUGCGAUUCUUCAAGCAUUAACAUCUAGCAAUACUCAAGUCAAAGAAGCUUCACUUUUGUUGGUUUAUGUUCUGGUAUCAAAUAUUUGUUUAAAAGGUGAUUUAGCACAACCAACGAUCAACUCAUCGUGCACCUAUAUAGAUACAAACUCUGUCCAGUAUCUGAACUCGGAUCACAAAAACCUGUCUGAGGCAUGGAUGAUUCCUGAAAUUUGGUUCAUUAUUGUUUCCAAAGCAAGUCACUCAGAAAGCUUUUUAUCAAUUCGUGUUGGAAUACUUUCAAUAAUGGCAGCUCAUCGUUUAGUGCCCAAUAGUCAAUUGGUAAAAUAUUACACAGAAGAGUUUCUUUCCAAUGCAUCUACAGCAAUGAUAAUUGGAUUUCCUUUAGAGACUCAAUUUCAGAUGCGAAUGUAUCCGCUGCUGUUAGAUUUGGAGACCAAAAGCGCACUAAUGUAUUGGAAGAUUGCAAUGUCUUCAUUGACGACUCUUUUUUCUGAAGAAAUGCUGGGAAUUUCAUCAACACAUAUUUCGUGUCUGGCUGAAUCUAUACUUGCAUCCUUUGGAUUUGAUUGCAAAUGUCAUAAACGCAACUAUACGGCACUUUACAAUACCAAUUUUUCGUCAAAUCAACUACUUUUUGAAAUAAUGUUCGAGUCUAUUCAAAAAAACGUUGGCAUUUUUAAAGAGUCUUUUAAUAUCUUUCCAUGUCGAAGCUUUCCACAUACAGCCAUUCGACAGCAUACUGACGUUCAUCAAAAUGUGGCCAAUCUUGAGCAGUUUUUUGCAUUUCUUAUACCUUAUCUCAAUGAUACUAUUAUUUCUAAAGAAAUGAUGUCAUUUCAGUCUGAAACAACCUCGGCAACAAAUACCAAGUUUUUUAAAGCACUCUCGGCGCUAUUAAUAUUUCUGCUCACUAUUUUUCAGACGGUAUCUGUAUCAUCUGAUAUACGUGAGUCUGAUUUGAACAUCCAGGAAAAAUUGCAGCAACUGCAAGAUGCGAUUGGAAAGUUGGCUGGUUGCUGGGUAACUCGAUUACAUGGCUUAAUUUCAUUGAACGUGCAAUGGAGUACAGAAAUUCUUUGUGAGGUUUUUGGAUGGAUUUCAUAUUUGCCAUUUGCCCGUCAAAAUUCAAUGGUUUUACCAAAACAAGUUCAACAGGAGUUCCAUCUUUUAUGGCCAACCUCAGUAUCUACUACCACUGACAUGAUUCUCUCUGUCACUCAAGCGUCAUUGGAUUUACAAUCUCUGGACAAUCCCAUCAGUCAACAAACCUUGAAAAACCAAGGAACAGCCAAAACUAAACGACAGCUGCGAUGCCAACUGGGUGCAUCCAUGAGUUUUGAAGUUGCUUGUUAUGACGAUCUCGUGGAAAAUCCGCAACCUAGAUCAGCUGUUUUGCUGAGUAUAGCACAUACUGCUUUGGGCUCUCUCUGUCUUGAAAAUGUGCCAAAAAAAGUGCUGGAAGCAACCCAAGAAAUGUUUAUAUAUUAUAUUCAACAACCAUCCUUGGGAUUACUUUUAAAGCAUGAUCUUAUUGCACUAUUGACAAGAUUGGAGUAUUUAUCAAAAAAAGACUUUUUUUAUCGAUUAAUGACAGUCAUCAUGUGCAUGCUACAGGGGCUUCAAAUGGAAAAAUGUGACGAGUAUCUUGUUUUCAGUAUUGAAAUGAUCAAUGUCAUUUUUUCAAAAUUACUUGACACGAAUUUUGACAAAGAUGAUGCUAAUCAAGAUGGCGGAAACUCUCGUGCGUCGUUGAUGACUUUUAUUCGGUUCGUCAGUAUUCAAGGAGUGGCAAAAAAACUAUCAAAUCAAGGACUAUCAGGACUGUUGAAUUUGAUUGAGCGAGUUCAAGCGGUUAAUUCUGCUUUUCCUGAUUUUGACUGCGUUGACACUUUGCUGCGUCUACUCAAUGUUUCCAACUUUCAAUCCAAACUGCUUUGGGCAGAUAAAGGCGUGUCGAUUCUUGUUGGAUGUUCUGAUUCUGCACAGUAUGAACAUAUACAUGAUUGUGUAGCAAAACAAAUGUCCAGCGAUCCAGUCGAUGAUGCCGAAUUAGUUUCUACAUGUGCUAUCUAUGCAUUUUUGGCAGUAGCAAGCAAAGGAGCCUGUAUGUCAGCAAUUGUUUCGAUUGUCCGACUUAUCAAUGAUGAUACAAACGUAACGGUGUUACGUGUUCUCGACAAAAUAUCUGUUCAGCUUGGAUUUUCAUCCUUGAAUUUAAUGCUCAGAACAUUUUUUAUUGAAAUCAUCAAUGACGCUGGCAGUGUAUCUCAAUGUCCUUGGAGUAUUCUUGGCGAUUUAACAUCCGAACAGCAGUUUUUUGCACAGUACCUCGAGUUUUUGAUACCUUUGGCUGUGAAAACUGUGAGCCUAGCAAAAUUUCUUGGCGAGAUUAAAAAUGCCAAAGAUCUUUUGAUCAGCAAGUUUGGAGUUGUAUAUGGAGAGCUACUACCAUUGACUUUUGAUGCAAACCAUGGUACAAAGGUAAAACUACAGUUUUUUGACAACAUGCACUUUGAUUUGGCCGUUUUUUAA